CCAUAGCUAGCGGCGCCAACAACGCUGCAUUCGCUGACUAUGAGGACAAGAAGGCCUGGGGAUAUUCGGCUGAACUUCCGAUUGAAGCGGUUGCGCAAGGCGACGAUGGCAUCGUAGGGUUCUUCGACUGUGAUGGGGGAUUUGCAAGCUGGGCAUUGGAGACCGUUCUUUGACCGCCGGUUGGAAACUUCCAUCUCUGCUACCCAUUGUAACAUGCAGUCUUGGUGGGCUUCGAGGGUACAUGGGCAUGGAUGGACCCAGGUCGCGUCGGGGGUGUCGUUCUCGUUCUGGAGGCAGAUGAAGCAGACGUGCUGGUCGUUCUCGGCGUAAGGUGCUGGUACGAUGGAGGGGUGAACUGAGGUGGAGAGUGUGAGCGACCCGGUUGGGCUGCUUGCGCCUAAUGGCGUCGCCAUUGUUGGUGUAGGUAGGUAUGGGUGGCGGAACAGGAGGAUCGGCUGUCGCUGUUGGGACAGUCAGUCAGCAGAGAAGAAGGAUAUGAUAAUGUAACCAAAAAGUUGUACUCAAAGAGUUCACGCGACUGUGGUUGCCCCGGUUAUAUCGGCACUUCGACUCUUAUAAAUAGUGAUCAAUUCUGGGCAACGGUGUUGGUGAGUUCAACGCCUGGAAGUUUAGAAGUCGGCGGCUUGAGUUGAGAGCUCCCAGACCAGGGGUUUGCAGUUGACAUCAGCGAGCCCCACUAUUUGAUUUGCGCCCAAACGGCACCUCUCCCGUUUGAUACUAGUGCCGGAGCGCUACAGAAUAGCUGCUACAGUUUCUUGUAGCUGCCCGCCAUUGGCCGGAUAUUUUCUGUAGACGUCAAGGUUCCAGACCCACGCAUAUCCCACCUCCAACCUUAACCCCUCCAUCGACUUGUGUGGAAUCCAGCCGACGCAUCUGGCUCUUGGGUUGAAACCGAGCCCCGCCAACAAACUUAACUAGCUGACUACCAAUUUCCUACUUUCCUCGUUGCUUUUGGGUUUCUGCCCGGAUACAUCAAAUCAUCGUCCUUUCACCUCAAGAUACCCAGUCCGCCGCCAGCAGGAGAUCUGCUUUCCUUUUCAUAAUGGCAGCCCAAAACUCCAAGCAGCGCCUCGCUCUCGCAGUCUGCGACUUCCUGUCCUCCUCCCUCAAAGACGGCACCCUCCGCGAGGAAGACUCCGACAACAUCGACAUCGCCAUCAACUGCAUCACCGAGGCGUUCUCGGUCGAUUUCUCCGACAAGGCCGCUGUCUCUUCAGCCAUCGGCUCCCAAAACCUCCUCCAGAUAUACUCCGUCUACGAGAAGUUGAAGAAUGUCACCGCCCCCGCCUCCUCUCAGUCUGCAGGUUCUUCCAGCGCCCCACCACCAUCAACCGCCGUGACGGAAGAGCAGAAGAAGCAGGCCGAGUCCUUGAAGUCCAAGGGCAAUGCGGCAAUGGCCCAAAAGGAUUACCCUACCGCCAUUAACUACUACACACAGGCCUUGUCGGUCCACCCCGGCAACGCCAUUUUCCUAUCCAACCGCGCCGCCGCCUACUCCGCGGCCAAGGACCACGAGUCCGCCAAGGCGGAUGCCGAAGCUGCCGUUGCUAUUGAGCCAACAUACACCAAAGCCUGGUCUCGCCUCGGUCUCGCCCGUUUCGCUCUCGGUGACGCUAAGGGCUCGAUGGAGGCCUACCAGAAGGGCAUCGAGUACGAGGGUAACGGUGGCAGCGACGCCAUGAAGAAGGGGUACGAGACAGCCAAGAGGAGGGUAGCGGAGAUUGAGGCCGAGGAGUCAGCUAGUGCCACUGCUCGAAGCGCCUCUCCCUCUGCAGGAGGCGGCGGUACUCCCAGUCUGGCCGACCUGGCUGGUAUGCUCGGCGGCGGUGGCAGAGGGGGCGGUGGCGGCGGUCCAGGUGGAUUGGAUUUCGGUGCCAUCAUGAACAACCCCAUGUUUGCGAGCAUGGCGCAGAACCUGAUGAGCAACCCGGACAUGAUGGCCAACUUGAUGAAUAACCCUAGGUUGAGGGAUAUGGCCAACUCGUUUGGUAGCGGGGGUGGGCUGCCGGAUAUUGGGAGUUUGAUGUCUGAUCCUUCCAUUGCUGAGAUGGCCAGAAAUAUGAUGGGCGGUGCUGGUGGUGCUGGUGGUGCUGGUGCUGGUGCUGGUGCUGGUCGGGGCAGUGGUGCUCCUUGAGCUGUGUGAUAUUCACUAUACCUAAUCACCAGUCUUGCUUCGUUUGUCAAUUCGUAAUAAUAGAUGGACAUGUCCCGAUUCUUUUUGGUCCGUUAUCAUGCGGAAGAAUACCUAGAUAUGUUGUGCUGUUUUUUUAUGAGGAGGGAGCGUUAAAAGCAAGGUCGAUGCCAAUUGUCUCUUGUUCGAGUG